GAAGCUUUGCUGCUCAUGAUGUAGUUUAUCAGCAAACCACGGACGCGACCUGUGGCAAUUUUGAGUCUUACAUGAAUAACAACAACUAUGAGGCGCCUCCGCUUCGACCACCCACGAUAAGCGUCCAACCACCGUCGGAAAUCCACCCGCCAUCAGAAAUUCAUCCUGCACUACGAAACCCUCAACCGCAACGACCUAAUCCGCCAGAACCGCAUCAGGAGCCAACAGUGCAGCAUGUCCGGACUCCAUCAUCACUGCCACAAUCCCUGAUGGCAGGCAAGUGGGCUCAGCCUCCUCCAGUACCCCCUCGCAUUCGUUGAUGAGGGGAAGACUCAGAACAUACGACAGCAAAUGAGAGAUUGCUCUGUGAGAUUCAACGUUAGAUGCACGAACGGUCCUGGAUAUUCUUGGCAGACUGUAUCACUCUUGGGGGAAUGGGUUGCAGAGCAUAAGUAUGCUGUAUAUGGGUCUCGACAUUCUCUCAUAUUGCUUUCAUACACUUGCCGUGAAAAGACCGAAC